CCCCCCGCCCCGCCGCACCGCGAUGACAAAGCAAAAACUGAAAACUAGUAGUGCAUAAGAGCAGAAGAGUACUAAAACAUAAACAAGCUUUCUGAAGCAAAGCCUCAUUUUGAAGAUGUUCAAUAAAUCAUUUGGAACACCCUUUGGGGGUGGCACAGGUGGCUUUGGCACAACAUCAACAUUUGGGCAGAAUACUGGCUUCGGCACUACUAGUGGAGGGGCAUUUGGAACUUCUGCAUUUGGUUCUAGCAAUAAUACUGGAGGCCUGUUUGGCAAUUCACAGACCAAACCAGGAGGAUUAUUUGGUACCAAUUCAUUUAGCCAGCCAGCCACCUCCACAAGCACUGGCUUUGGGUUCGGUACAUCAACAGGAACAUCAAAUAGCUUGUUUGGAACUGCAAGCACAGGCACCAGUCUUUUCUCAUCCCAGAACAAUGCCUUCGCUCAAAAUAAGCCAGCUGGCUUUGGGAAUUUUGGAACAAGUACCAGCAGUGGGGGACUCUUCGGAACUACAAACACCACUUCUAAUCCUUUUGGUAGCACAUCUGGUUCCCUCUUUGGGCCAAGUAGUUUCACAGCUGCUCCUACUGGAACUACUAUUAAAUUUAAUCCUCCAACUGGUACAGAUACUAUGGUCAAAGCUGGAGUUAGCACUAACAUCAGUACCAAGCACCAAUGUAUUACUGCUAUGAAAGAAUAUGAAAGCAAGUCACUGGAGGAACUUCGCUUAGAAGAUUAUCAGGCCAACCGGAAGGGCCCACAGAACCAAGUGGGAGCAGGUACCACAACUGGCUUGUUUGGGUCUUCUCCAGCCACCUCCAGUGCAACAGGACUCUUCAGUUCUUCCACCACUAAUUCAAGCUUUGCAUAUGGUCAGAACAAAACUGCUUUUGGAACUAGUACAACUGGAUUUGGGACAAAUCCAGGUGGCCUCUUUGGCCAACAGAAUCAGCAGACUACCAGCCUCUUUAGCAAACCAUUUGGCCAGGCCACAACCACCCAGAACACUGGCUUUUCCUUUGGCAAUUCUGGCACCCUAGGACAGCCGAGCACCAACACCAUGGGUAUAUUUGGAGUCACCCAAGCCUCACAACCUGGAGGUCUUUUUGGCACAGCUACAAGCACUAGCACUGGGUCAGCUUUUGGAACAGGAACAGGUCUCUUCGGGCAGACCAAUCCUGGAUUUGGUGCUGUUGGUUCGACCCUGUUUGGCAAUAACAAGCUUACUACAUUUGGAACCAGCACAACCAGUGCUCCUUCAUUUGGUACAACCAGUGUCGGGCUCUUUGGUAACAAACCAACCCUGACUUUAGGAACCAAUACAAACACUUCCAGUUUUGGUUUUGGCACAAAUAACACCGGGAAUAGUAUUUUUGGAAAUAAACCGGCACCUGGGACUCUAGGAACUGGACUUGGUGCAGGAUUUGGAACAGCUCUUGGUGCUGGACAGGCAUCUUUGUUUGGGAACAACCAACCUAAGAUCGGAGGGCCUCUUGGUACAGGAGCCUUUGGGGCCCCUGGAUUUAAUACCACAACAGCCACUUUGGGCUUUGGAGCCCCCCAGGCCCCAGUAGCGUUGACAGAUCCAAAUGCUUCUGCUGCCCAGCAGGCUGUUCUCCAACAGCACAUCAAUAGUCUAACUUACUCGCCUUUUGGAGACUCUCCCCUCUUUCGGAAUCCCAUGUCAGACCCUAAGAAGAAAGAAGAGAGAUUGAAACCAACAAAUCCAGCAGCCCAGAAGGCUCUUACUACACCUACUCAUUAUAAAUUGACACCUCGUCCUGCUACCAGAGUCAGGCCAAAGGCUUUACAAACCACAGGGACAGCCAAGUCACAUCUCUUUGAUGGGCUCGAUGAUGAUGAACCUUCCCUAGCCAAUGGAGCUUUUAUGCCGAAGAAGAGCAUUAAGAAGUUGGUUUUGAAGAACCUUAACAAUAGCAAUCUCUUUUCUCCUGUUAAUCGUGAUUCAGAAGAUCUAGCUUCGCCUUCUGAAUAUCCAGAAAAUGGAGAGAGAUUCAGUUUCCUGAGCAAACCUGUAGAUGAGAACCAUCAGCAGGAUGGAGAUGAUGACUCUCUUGUGUCACGUUUUUAUACUAAUCCUAUUGCUAAACCCAUUCCUCAAACUCCAGAGAGUGCUGGAAAUAAGCACAACAGCAGCAAUAGUGUGGAUGAUACCAUUGUUGCAUUAAACAUGCGUGCUGCUUUGCGAAAUGGACUGGAAGGAAGCAGUGAAGAAACUUCUUUCCAUGAUGACUCACUACAGGAUGACCGAGAAGAAAUGGAAAAUAACACUUAUCAUAUGCAUCCAGCAGGCAUUAUUCUCACUAAGGUUGGUUACUAUACUAUCCCAUCUAUGGAAGAACUUGCUAAAUUUACCAAUGAAAAAGGAGAAUGCAUUGUCUCUGACUUCACCAUUGGUCGUAAAGGUUAUGGUUCAAUCUAUUUUGAAGGAGAUGUGAAUUUGACAAAUCUAAAUUUGGAUGAUAUUGUGCAUAUUCGAAGGAAAGAAGUGAUCGUCUACUUAGAUGAUAGCAAGAAACCACCUGUGGGCGAAGGGCUAAAUAGGAAGGCUGAAGUUACAUUGGAUGGAGUUUGGCCAACAGAUAAGACAUCUCGUUGUUUAAUUAAGAGCCCAGAUCGACUUGCUGAUAUCAACUAUGAGGGGAGGUUGGAAGCAGUUUCAAGGAAACAGGGAGCUCAGUUCAAAGAGUACCGGCCUGAAACUGGUUCUUGGGUGUUUAAGGUAUCCCACUUUUCUAAGUACGGUCUUCAGGAUUCUGAUGAAGAGGAGGAAGAACAUCCGUCCAAAACUAGUACAAAGAAGCUGAAGACUGCCCCUUUGCCUCCUGCAGGCCAGGCUGCCCCUAUUCAGAUGGCUCUUAAUGGCAAGCCUGCACCUCCUCCCCAGAGCCAGAGCCCAGAGGUGGAGCAGUUAGGGAGGGUUGUGGAACUGGACAGUGACAUGGUAGAUAUCACACAGGAGCCAGUUUUGGAUUCCAUGUUAGAAGAAAGCGUGCCUGAGGAUCAGGAACCUGUGUCUGCCUCAACACACAUUGCAUCUUCACUGGGAAUUAAUCCACAUGUCUUACAGAUCAUGAAAGCAUCAUUGCUUGCUGAUGAGGAAGAUGUAGAUAUGGUGCUGGAUCAACGCUUCACUCGCCUUCCUUCCAAAGCAGAUACUUCUCAAGAAAUCUGUUCUCCCAGACUCCCCAUUUCAGCAUCUCACUCAUCAAAAUCCCGUUCACUAGUUGGAGGGUUACUACAAGCAAAAUUUUCAAGCGGAGCUUUUCUUUCACCAAGUGCCUCUGUGCAAGAAUGUCGCACUCCCAGAGCAUCAUCUUUAACAAAUAUUCCAUCCACAGCCCCUUGGUCUGUUCCUCCACCCCUGACCACUGUUUUUACAGUGCCUAGUCCCCCCUCUGAGGUUCAGCUAAAAACUGUAGGUACACGCAGACAACCAGGUCUAGUUCCUCUAGAGAAGUCUGUUACCUAUCGCAAGGGGAAACUCUUGAUGGACAUGGCCUUAUUUAUGGGACGCUCAUUUCGAGUUGGUUGGGGCCCCAACUGGACUUUUGCUAAUAGUGGAGAACAUCUGAGUGACUCCCAUAAACUGGAAAAUCAUCAGAUUUCCGAUACUAUGGAAUAUGGAUUCCUGCCCAAUCCAGUAACUGUUAAAUCCCUAACUGAGUCCCCUUUCAAAGUUCAUUUGCAAAAACUAAGUUUGAGUCAAAGGACAGCGGAUGAAGACCUGCAGUUAUACCAGACACCCCUGGAGCUCAAAUUAAAACAUAGCACCAUCCACGUGGAUGAACUGUGUCCUCUCAUUGUUCCGAAUCCAGGAGUUGCUGUCAUUCAUGACUAUGCAGAUUGGGUCAAGGAGGCAUCAGGAGACGAAUUGGAAGCACAAAUUGUGAAGCACUGGAGCCUGACGUGGACAUUAUGUGCCGCCCUGUGGGGCCACCUAAAGGAGCUUGACAACCAGCUGGAUGAGCCCAGUGAAUACGUUCAGAUUCUGGAGCGGCGACGAGCUUUCUCUCGUUGGCUAUCCCAUACUGCUUCACCUCAGAUUGAAGAGGAAGUCUCCUUAACCCAAAAGGACAGCCCUGUAGAGGCUGUCUUCAGCUACCUCACAGGCAAUAGGAUCAGCGAGGCCUGUUCUCUGGCCCAGCAGUCAGGUGAUCAUCGUCUUGCCCUUCUUUUAUCCCAGCUGGUGGGCAGCCAAUCGGUCCGGGAGCUACUCACCAUGCAGCUAGUGGAUUGGCGUCAGCUACAGGCCGAUUGUUUCAUACAGGAUGAAAGACUGCGCAUUUUUGCCCUCUUGGCAGGGAAACCGGUUUGGGCACUUUCAGAACACAAGCAAAUCAACGUGUGUUCUCAGCUAGAUUGGAAACGCUCCCUAGCUGUCCAUCUUUGGUAUUUGCUUCCACCAACAGCUUCUAUUUCCAAGGCACUCAGCAUGUAUGAAGAAGCAUUUCAGAAUACUUGUGAGGUUGACAGAUAUGCCUGCUCCCCACUUCCUUCUUACCUGGAGGGUUCUGGCUGUGUGGAAGAAGAUGAUCAAAACUCAGAGAGACCACUUCGAGACGUCUGCUUUCACCUUCUAAAACUCUACAGUGACAGACAUUAUGAUCUCAACCAGCUACUGGAGCCUCGAAGCAUAACACCAGAUCCUUUGGACUACCGCCUAAGCUGGCACUUAUGGGAGGCACUGCGGGCUCUUAACUACACCCAUCUCUCAGAGCAGUGUGAGGGUGUGCUGCUGGCCAGUUAUGCUGGCCAACUGGAAAGCGAGGGGCUCUGGGAAUGGGCCAUCUUUGUCUUCUUACACAUUGACAACUCAAGCCUGCGUGAAAAGGCUGUUCGAGAACUGCUUGUCCGGCACUGUCAGCUUUUGGAGACCCCCGAAUCUUGGGCUAAGGAGACUUUCCUUACCCAAAAGCUUUGUGUUCCCGCUGAGUGGAUUCAUGAAGCCAAAGCAGUGCGAGCACACAUGGAAUCUGACAAGCACUUGGAAGCCCUCUAUUUAUUUAAAGCUGGGCACUGGAACCACUGCCAUAAACUUGUCAUCCAGCACUUAGCCUCUGAUGCCAUCAUCAAUGAGAACUACGAGUACCUGAAGGGGUUCUUGGAAGACCUGGCACCUCCAGAGCGCAGCAGCUUAAUUCAGGACUGGGAAACAUCUGGGUUUGUUUACCUGGACUAUAUCCAGGUCAUUGAAAUGCUCCAUAGUAUACAACAGGUGGAUUUCUCAGGUUAUGAUCUGGAACAGUUACAUGCCAAAGUGACUUCACUGUGUCACCGGAUAGAACAGAUACAGUGUUACAAUGCCAAGGAUCGCCUGGCUCAGUCAGACAUGGCAAAGCGUGUAGCCAACCUGCUACGGGUGGUACUGAGCCUCCAACACACCCCUGAUGCAACCUCUGACUCAGCACCGGACCCUCAUCGAGUCCCUUUGCGCCUGUUGGCUCCCCAUAUUGGCCGGCUCCCCAUGCCUGAGGACUAUGCCUUGGAAGAACUGCGGAGCCUUACACAGUCUUAUCUUCAAGAACUAAUUGUUGGGAGCCAGUGAGCCCCAGGCCUUUUCUACCACACUCACAUGCUCAUUCACACCCACCACACAAAGCUCCCCUGCAUUGUUCUGAUAGGCACUGUGCCAUUCUCUGGGUUGGCUGUGGAAUCCACCCUGCCUUCCUGCUGCCCCAGGCAGUAUCCUCCAGUUCAGGAUUUUCUUAAUACUCAACAUAGCAAAAGGGCUUCUGAAACCCAGAAAAAGCAAAGUCUCUUUUCACCACCUUCAAGAGCAUUUCUGUUUUUGUUUUUUGUUUUGUUUUGUUUUGUUUUUCUUUUUAAAAGUGGUCAAUAAAACUCCUUUGGCAGAAUCCCCUUAAGAAUCAGGGAAUCCUUUUCUACCCCCAGCCAUUCUGGAUCUUGUGACCCUCCAUGCCAACUUCCUACCCCAGCCCUUUUAUACUAGGACUCUUUAGGAUGAGACAGGUGAUGGGACAAAAAUGUGUUGAUCUAGGACCAUCCUUAACAGAAGAACUGUCCACAGAAAAAAGGGAUAAUCUGUCUUUUCAACAGACUGAUAAGUUGACACUGAGUUUUCAAAUUGAAAGGGUUGGACUGAGUUAGGAAAUAGAACAGGGUCUUUCUAACACAUUUAGGGUAGAAGUGAGUACCUGCCAUGUAGGGAUCAAUCUUCAAGGCUUGUUUUGUUACUGCCACAAAUGUUCUGUGAACACCAUACCUUUCCUACUACCCUGUGCAGCAGCUCUUGGUUAUAUACUGUGUGACUCUAGGAAGCUCCAGAACUUGGUUUGGUCCCUGUUUUCAUCUUGCUGGGAAUCCUAACUGGAUUUGCCUCAAGAGUUUGCAUAAAACAAACAAACAAACAGCAGAUUGGGAAGCCUUCCCUGCCCCUCUCAUUCUAGCACCAAAGAAUUUCCCACCUUCUACUAUCCUUCUAGAAGGUAAAACCAUCAGAGGUGGCUAGGAACUGGCCUAUAGGGACAGGGAGGACAGGCAAAAGUCCUUUGCCAUACUACUGCCUGCUAUGGGGAGCCCCAG